AUGCCGCAUUAUGGCCAUUCACGUCCGUCAUCGAUUUAUUUUAACAGCAACCUGAUCAUCCAGAAUUUUGUUGUAGCCGAUAUUACAAACAAGCGAAACAACGUUUACUUCUACGACGAACGCGCCCAGGGUAAGGGAGCCGAUGCCCUUUGCAGCCUAAGACUGCUAUAUCACUUAUCCCCCUUACGAAAUGAUGCCCGCAAUGGUGUGCCACCUGCCGAGAUAAGUUUGAGUCUUCUUGACAAUUGCGUAGGACAGAACAAAUCCAAGGUGGUCAUGAAGUUUUUCGCGAUGCUUUCCGUGGUGUUCCCGUGCAAGAAAGUGUUGUUGUGUUUCUUGUUACCUGGUCACUCUCACAACAUUGCCGACCGCGUCAUGGCAUGGUGUAGGCGUAAAAAGUGUUAA